AUGACCCAUGGCCACGACAUAGCCCAAGCACAAAGACACGGACUUAGUUCCGAAACAAGUUCUAGAACAACAGCCACUCUCUGGUUGGUUGCAUCGUUUAAUGAGUUGUUUCAAUUACAAAGAGGUGAAUCUUUCCACAAUAGAGCGCAACGAGGCAGGAUUAUCUUUUGUUCUACACAAAACGAGUAA